UGGGCCGGAGGGAGCGGCGCUGGGCGGAGCCGCUCCCCCACUCGGCCCGGGCUGUCACCGCCUCCGGGUGUCACUCGCUGACUCGGUCGCGUUCGGGUCCCGCAGUGCUCCCCGGCUGCAGCCCCUGCCGCCGGGCAGCCCCCCGCGCCCUGCCGCCGCCAGUGGGCUGUCACCCCUUCUCUCCGCGGGGGUCGCUCGGAGCAGCCCCGCCAUGGAGGCGGCCACGGCAGGGGAAGUCAGUGUACAAGAUGAGGCUGUGGACAAAAGCACCUUUAAGAAAUGCAACCAGAUUGCUUUUUACAGGCGUCAGAAACUGUUAUGUCCUGGAAGAUCCUCGUAUCGAGCAUUGUUGGAUUCAGUCACAUUAAGUGAUGAGAAUGUCAAAUUCCAAAUUAUUCAUGAGGAGACUAAGGUUCUUCUACAAGUAGAAAUUUAUGAAAUAGAAGGCAAUAUUUUCAGGCUUAAAAUUGAUGAGGCUUCACCUCUCAGAGCAAGAUACAAAGUUCCUGAUGUUCUUAUAAAGGAACCUACCACCCAGAGACUGUCCAUAUCCCACAAGGAGGCAGGUAUUCUGGCACUGUCAAGUGUUAAUGGGGACUACAAACUUCAAGUCACAGCAGACCCCUUCCAAGUUGAGCUGCAGUCCAAGGGUGAGACUGUUAUGAGCAUGAAUUCCAAUGGGUUGUUAUAUUUUGAGCACCUACAACCACCGCCCAGUGAUAGAAAACCUACAGCACAAAGUGAGGAGGCAGCAAGUGAUUACUUUAAGGAAAAACAAGAGGAUCUAGGUCUCUGGAGAGAGAAAUUUGGCAGUUUCUUAGACAUCAAAGCUCAUGGUCCCAGUUCUGUGGGCAUGGACUUCUCUUUACAUGGAUAUGAUCACGUUUAUGGAAUACCACAACACGCAGAAACACUUCUUCUCAAAAACACCAGUGAUGGUGAUGCCUACCGGCUUUAUAAUUUGGAUAUCUUCGGCCACAAGAUACAUGAUAAAAUAGGCAUUUAUGGUUCAGUGCCCCUUCUCUUAGCACACAAGCCUAACAGAACUUCAGGGAUCUUCUGGCUGAACUCUUCAGAAACGCUGGUGGAUAUUAGUACAAAGGCAGUAGCUGAGCACAUGUCAUCUAGAUCUGCUGCAGAGACUGCUAAGCAGAGAGCAGUGCCUCUAACUGAUGUACGCUGGAUGUCAGAAAGCGGAAUCAUUGAUGUUUUCCUGCUGAUGGGACCCACUGCCUUUGAUAUCUUCAAGCAGUUUGCACAACUGACAGGCACUCAAGCCCUGCCCCCCCUUUUUUCUCUGGGCUACCAUCAGUGCAGGUGGAAUUAUGAGGAUGAGCAAGAUGUCAAGGCAGUAGAUGCUGGCUUUGAUGCACAUGACAUUCCUUAUGAUGUGAUAUGGCUGGACAUAGAGCACACAGAUGGCAAGAGGUAUUUUACUUGGGACAAAAAGAAAUUCCAGAACCCCAGAAAGAUGCAAGAACAUCUGAAGAAGAAAAAACGCAAGCUUGUCGUCAUUGUAGAUCCACACAUUAAGGUUGAUCCCACAUAUACCCUGUAUUCACAGGCAAAAGACAAGGGAUAUUUUGUGAAAGACAGAAAUGGGCAAGAUUUUGAGGGCAUCUGUUGGUCAGGUUCCUCUUGCUACCUGGAUUUCACCAAUCCUGAAGUGCGAAAAUGGUAUGCAGAUCAAUUUGCCUUCAAAACAUACAAGGGAUCCACUAAUAUCCUCUUUGUAUGGAAUGACAUGAAUGAGCCUUCAGUCUUCAAAGGGGCAGAACUAACAAUGCAGAAAGAUGCUGUGCACUACAAUAACUGGGAGCAUCGGGAAGUACACAACCUCUAUGGAUUCUACCAGCAAAUGGCAACUGCAGAAGGACUCAUCAGACGUUCUUCAGGAAAAGAGAGGCCAUUUGUCCUCACACGAUCUUUCUUUGCUGGAUCACAGAAGUACGGGGCAGUGUGGACUGGAGACAACACAGCAGAGUGGAGUUACUUGAAAAUAUCCAUUCCAAUGCUUCUUACCAUCAGCUUGGCAGGGAUUUCCUUCUGUGGAGCUGAUGUGGGAGGGUUUAUUGGAGAUCCAGAACCAGAAUUACUUGUUCGCUGGUAUCAGGCUGGAGCCUACCAGCCCUUCUUCAGAGGUCAUUCUAACAUGGAGAGCAAACGGCGAGAACCGUGGCUCUUUGGGGAGAAGAACACCCAGAUCAUCAGGAAAGCCAUUAGAGAGCGCUACGUCCUUCUGCCUUACUUAUACACACUGUUCUAUCGGGCACACACAGCGGCUGAACCAGUUAUGAGGCCUCUCUGGGUAGAGUUUCCAGGAAAAACAGAAACUUUUGACGUGGAGUAUGAGUACAUGCUGGGAAAUGCUUUGUUGGUGCAUCCAGUCACAGAGAAAGAGGCCAAGACAGUGAAUGUUCUGCUUCCAGGGUCAGAGGAGAUUUGGUAUGAUUUCAGAAAAUUUAAACGAAUGGAAGAUGCAGGCACUCUGAAGAUCCCAGUAACACUAGAGAAUCUUCCUGUGUUCCAACGGGGGGGCACUGUGAUACCUCUGAAGACCGCAGCUGGGAAAUCCACUGAAUGGAUGAUAGAUGUUUCUUAUGAACUCCAUGUGGCCUUGGACACAGAGGCCUGUGCCAUAGGUGAGCUCUAUGUAGAUGAUGGACAUUCAUUUCAGUACCUCCACAAGAAGCAGUUCCUAUAUCGGAAAUUCACUUUCCACAAGAACAUUCUCACUUCCAGCUGUGCCGAUGAAAGCGGACAAUACCAAACCUCAUGUGUGGUUGAGCGGGUGAUAGUUCUGGGAUUUGGAAAGCAACCCACUUUUGUGACAGCCAGUUCCAAGGGUGGGAAAGAAAAGGAAGUGGUUUUCACAUAUGAUACGAAGACCUCUGCGCUGACACUGGGAAACUUAGCCCUGAGUGUUGAUGCUGACUGGGAGAUUUGUAUCAACUGAGACACAAGUUCUUCAGAGAAGCAAUUCAUUGAGAGGUUGAGGAGAAAUAAACUGGGAGGACUUAAAACAUUCACUUGAAUCCAAUCAAGUCAACAAAUAUUUUUUCCACUGACACUCCCCAAACUAACAUUUCCUACAAUUUUUCUUUUAAAGCACUAAUUUAAACUUGGAUAGCUCUUCUAUUCAGCAAAAGCAAUAUCACUAGGAUUGUAUCUUUGGGGAAAUAAGCUAAAUACCAUUUGCUCCAGGCUAGCUUUAGUUAGGCAGUAAGCUUCAGUUCUGCCUUCACUUGCACUAAAAAAUCAUGAAUUGAGGGGGUGAAAUUGGGGCUCAUUGGUACAGGGCUUAAUGUAAGUAUUUGGAAAUCCUAUUAUUCAGAGACUGGAGCACUUGAGAAGAGAUCUGGGCCAGUUUGACAAGCAGCAUCAGUAGAUAUGCCAGAUGCAGAGGUUAUCACCAGAGUUCUGCCUGCAAGCUGCCUUGUGAAAACAAACACAGAAGGAGCCACCCUGUGUGAUUACAGACACUUCCCUUUUCCAGUCCUUAUGACAACACAAAAUGAGCUGGUCUGUACUGGAAAGCGAACAACAGGCUUGCUGAACAGUUCAGUCACUGGAGAGCUGUUUGUCAGCACCUCCUAGGAGACCAUGUGAGCCUCCGCUCCAGGAACUGGCAACAUAAAUACUGUUGUGUUUAAUGCAGCUGAGUUAAGCCAGGUAGAACAGUAGCAAAAACAUCUUUUGUGUCUGUGAAAAGAGAGACAGACACUAUUUUUCUAUCAGCUUCUAAGCUUUAAUUGAUGAUUUCUGAAUAUGUUUAAGCAUAGCAGUGCUUCUGACAGGAUAUAAUUAUUGUCUGGUGCAUUUUAAUGAUAUAUUUUAACUGCUCUUUCUCAAGUUGGAAAGUGAAAUAAAGUAAAAACGAAGCGAGUUACAA